UUCUGGCAUGUCGGCGGAGUGCCGAUGGUCUUCGAAAACAUAGGAUUUACCCGGAAUGUCAAGGUUGAGGAUAAGGGCCAGCAGAAAGAAGGGCUCAAGUGGCUCAUCUGUGCGGAAUGCGAUAUCGGUCCUUUGGGCUGGUGUUACGAAGGCGAGACGGAAGCCUGGCUGUCACCUUCGCGAUUGAAGUAUGCGACGUGA